GAUGGUGAAUGAGAGAUAAAUAAAUUAAAAUGUGAUAAGUAAUUGAAUUUUAAAAUUUCGGACUAGAUAUUCUUUAAAAGAACUUUUAAUAAAAACUUUGAAUACCUAGUUAUAAUACAAUGAUUGUAGCAUAACCAUAAUUUUCAAAGGAUGGAAAUCAUAAAACCGAACUCUGCUUUUUUGUGUAACUACGAGGUGAUGCAAAUCCUGCAGCAGUUGAAAGACAAUACACAGAAGAAACACAAACGGGAAGGAUCGUUGGCCACUGUGACAUAUGAGACAGUACACUAUCUUCAAGAUACGGAAUGUAAGAAUCAGAGUGCAGAAAAGAUUGAAGGUUUCCUGGAAGCAAUGAAGAGUUUUAAAUUAACCAAGUCAGAGAAACUAAUGAUGGUCAAUACACCACCAAGGACAGAACUCGAAAUACAAUUGAUAGUCCAAGAGAGUGAGGAAAGAUUGUCAGAAGAGGAUGUAGCUAAAAUCAUAGAAAUAGUGAACAAAUUCCUACCAGCCGGAAGCUCAUGACACUUGAACUAUAACAGCGUGAAUAUAAACAUAUUUAUUUA